AUGGCUCUCAACAUCUCCGGCGCCGCCGCCAUUAUGCGUGGCGUGGUCUACAACGGUGUUCCGUUUGAGAUGAACGUCCAGGACCUGCCAGUCCCAACCAUCGGCAACGAGACGGAUGCCAUCGUGCGAAUCACAACGUCAGCCAUCUGCGGUUCAGACCUGCACAUCUACCGCGGCGUCGCCGGCGGCACACCGCCAUGGAUCGUAGGCCACGAGGCCAUCGGCUACAUCUCCGAGAUUGGCAGCGCCGUCUCCUCCCUGUCCGUCGGCGACUACGUCGUCAUCCCGGACACGGCCAACCACGGCCACCUCGAGAUGGAGCCCGAAACCAUGGAAUACUUCGGAAACGGCCAGGCCGGCCUUCCAGAGGGUCUUCAAGCCGAAUACACCAGAGUCCGCUUCGCCGACAGCAACCUGAUCCCCAUCCCCCUGACCGCCAACACGACCAACCACACCAUCGAGCAGGACUACGUCACCAUCGCCGACAUCUGGGGCACCGCGUGGACCGCGCUCGACUUCUCCGGCUUCACACCGGGCGACAGCGUGGCCGUCUUCGGCGCCGGACCCGUCGGCCUGCUGGUCGCAUACACAGCCCUCCUACGCGGCGCCUCGACCGUCUACUCGGUCGACCACGUGCCCUCCCGCCUCGACCGCGCCGCUUCCAUCGGCGCCAUCCCCAUCAACUUCGUCGAAUCCGAUCCGGUCACACAAAUCCUGGCCCACGAGCCGGCGGGCGUGGCGCGGUCCGUCGACGCGGUGGGCAUGGAGGCGCUCGGCGCGGACCUCGAGCACCGGGAGGACGCUGUUAUUACGAACGCUGUCGCCGUCACGCGCUACGGCGGUGGCAUUGGUGUCGUGGGCGCCUACACGGCACAGCCCGACUCGCCCGGCGCGCCGCUCGGCGGCACCAUCAGCCCCAACAUCACCUUCCCGCUGUCCGACUUCUUUGGCAAGGCCCUGCUCCUGGGGGCCGGCGCCGUGGAUCCGAAGCGCGUGGCGCCCGAGCUGGUGAGCUUGAUUGCCAGCGGCAAGGCGCAUCCCGGUGCUGUCAUCUGGGGUGCCGAGAUCGGUGUCGAGGAGGCGCCCGAGUAUUAUGAGCGGUUCGCCCGACAGGAGCUGCUGAAGGUGUAUAUUCACUUUGAUUAG